CUUGCGCAAGAAAACCAGCACAAAGUUUCAGAACUGAAGGCUCGCGACGAGGAGAUGGCCGCGCUUCGCCAGGACGUGUCGCGCCUGAUGAAGCUGCGCGACAGCCUGCAGCGCAAGCUGCGUACCACCGAGGAGCAGAAGGCGGGCGUGCAGGCUGACCAGGAGGCCGUCACGGUCGCGCUGCACCGGCUGGAGCGCGACCUGGAGACCAACGCCCGCCAGAUGGAGGCCGACAAGAAGGCCAUGGAUGACCUGCGGUACGAGCGUGAACUGCUCAAGAAGGGUCUGCUCAAAGCGCAAGGACAGCAGCUUAUUCUGUUCAGCCGGAUAACCCGUUGA